GCAGCAUUCUGUUCUGCUUGCGUAAAUUGUGUUUUGUUUGUGCCGUGCGCUAAAUUUAGAAAAUAGGUGCCGCUAAAGCAUUUCAAAUUUGAAUAUAGCAAAAUGCAAUAUUUUUGAUCUGCUGCUUGCUGGCAGGUCCACAGGUGUGUUCACUAUGGAGUCCUCGUCGAAACUGGCCAUAAAACGCGGCACGCGAAUUUUGACUGAAAAGCCAUUUGCGUACGUGCUCAAGUCGAAAUAUCGACUGGAACGCUGCGAUAAUUGCCUGGAAGCGACAAAGGUGCUGAAGUGCUCCAACUGCCGUUAUGUCUCCUACUGCAAUCGCAGCUGCCAGCAACAGGCUUGGUCCAUCCACAAGCACGAGUGCCUGUUCCUCAAGCGUGCGCUGCCGCGCAUUGUGCCCGACGCGGCGAGGAUGCUCUGCCGGCUUAUAUUGCGUCUGGAGCACGGCGGCGAUCUGGAAAGAGGCUACUACACGGAGCACGGAUCUCGCAAAUUCCGCGAUCUAAUGUCACACUAUGCGGAGAUUAAGAACGACCCGAAGCGCAUUGAGCAUUUGGAAUCGUUGCAUGCUGUGCUCACGGAUAUGAUGGCGGAGAGCGGAAAAGGAAGUCUAACUGGAAGUCUGGUGCCCAACAUGAAUGAGCUGAUGAGUAUUUAUGGUCGUCUCAUCACGAACGGCUUCAACAUCCUGGAUGCAGAGAUGAAUUCGAUAGCGACUGGCAUUUAUCUGGGCGUCUCCAUAACAGAUCACAGCUGCCAGCCGAAUGCGGUGGCCACGUUCGAGGGCAACGAGCUGCACGUGCACGCCAUUGAGGACCUGCCGUGCUUGGAUUGGUCCAAGAUCUACAUAAGCUACAUCGAUCUGCUCAACACGCCCGAGCAGCGGCGGGCAGAUCUAAAGGAGCAUUACUAUUUCCUCUGCGUGUGCAGCAAGUGCAUCGAUCCGCAGGAGAUGCACGAAAUGACCGCAGCCGUUUGUCCGAAUGGCAGCUGCGACGCUAGCGUCAAUAUACAAUUGGAUAAAUGUGAGAGCUGCGGAACGCCCGUGUCGGAACAGCUUCGCACCGACUACAGCGAGGUGAUGGCGCUGACGCAGUCCAGCUUGGACUCCAUGAAGGAGGUGGCCUAUCUGGACGUCUGCAAGGUAUGCCUGGCCAAGCAUCGUGGCAUCCUGCAUCCCUUAAACGUUUGGCACGUGAAGACACUCGAUGCCGCCUUCGAGGCAUCGAUCCAGGUGGGCAAGUGGACAGAGGCAUUGGACUAUGGAAGGCAGCUGCUGCCAGGCUUUGCUAAAUACCACGGGGAAUGGAAUCCCUUGCUGGGCCUGCUCCAGCUAAAGCUGGGCAAGAUCGAGCUGUACGAGCGCAACUACAAGCAGGCCUUGCAGCACCUGCAGGAGGCGCAGCGCAUCCUGAACGUAACACAUGGCCGAGAUCAUCGACUGUUGCUGGAGCAGCUGCGUCCGCUCAUGCUGCAGGCCAAGCACGAAAUGCGAUGAGCUCAGAUCGGCUAAGAGAUAGACUACGGUUUGGUAAUAAAGAGUUUAAUUAAGUGUAAAGCAA